AUGGCGUGCUGGAGGCUCUGUCCAGUCAAUCUUGAUGUGCAAGAGAUAGCUGAGGAACCAGGUGAAAUAGAUGAAGUUGAGAGGCAGGGCUUGUCACACAUUAGAUUCAGGUUUGGUGGACAAAUAAUUAAAGUGGACACACCUACACAGCUGGAGCUGGACAACGAGGACACCAUCGACCUGGUCUACCAGCAGCCCCUUGUCCCCACUCGGGCCACCACGCAGCUUCAGCGGGUCCACUGGCCCUUCUUCUCCAUCUAUCGCGGCUACCCUGGCAACCACAUCGAGCUGGCGGCGCGCGUGGCGAAGGCGGUGCUCUCCGACGGCCACGACCUCAGCUGGGGCUGCGUGGUGACGCUCGUGACCUUCGCAGGGACGCUUCUGGACAGAGGACCGCCAGUGACCAUCCAGCAGGUGAGGAGGAAUGAAAUCACCUGGGACUGCCAGCGCUUGGUUGCCUUGCUGUGCGCUCGCCUCACUGGGCAGCACCGUGCCUGGCUGCAGGCUCAAGGCGGCUGGGAUGGCUUUUGUGUCUUCUACCGGACUCCCUUACUACUGACCUUCUGGAAAAGACUGCUGGUACGCACUUUUCUGUCCUGCUUUGUAGCUACAGCCUUACUCUUUGCCUGGACGCGCGUGUAUCGUGAGUUGUGA